AUUACACAUCGCUAUAUAAACAAAAACAGCUGAUUAUCAAAAUAUUUUGACGUUCAUCACUUAACAUUUCCUUCAAAAUUCUAAAUUUUCAUCAAAAUUUGCAGUGAAAGUUUUAGCAGUCACGCUUUUAUAUUCGGGAAGUGCUCAUACAAAGCAACCUUGAAUGUAUUUUUCUUUGUGUUGCACAAUUGAUGUGGUCAGGCUAUAGUAUAAGCUCAACAAAAAUAGCAUAGCGACCUCAUUUUGCCUUAGUACCCUGCUCAGUUUCAGUUGCAGGUUGACACAGCGAUCUCAUACUUUAGAUUUAUUACUAUAGAACAGAAAAAUGAGUGGAGAAAGAAGCCAACCACAGGACACCGGAGGUCCUGCUAGAAAUCGAACCAUUAGUGAAUGUUCUGUUGCAAGUGAUGAAGGAACUGCUUCGGGAUUUACUGGAAAAAGAUUUCAGAUAUUCCUUGUCACAAACAGUAUUGAAAGGCAAAGAACCACUUCACAAACCUUUAUGGUAGCUAGCGGAAUGACUGCAGCAUCGCCCCCAAAAUUUGUGUCGUUAGAAGAGAUAAUGCAGGCAGCCAAUGGAAUGCGAGACAUGAACUUGAUCCACCAGAUAGUGGUCGAUGAAAACUUCCGUCUGGAGAAACCCGAUCCCGAACCCAACACUGUUCAAAAAGUUAUAAAGGACACUAUGCACAAAGCCUUUUGGGAUAUCUUGAGGCAAGAGUUGAAUAGUGACCCCCCUUGCUAUAACCAGGCUUUUGUACUAUUAGAAGAAGUAAAACAAGGACUGUUUGAUCUACUUCUCCCUCAGCACACGAAAAUCAAGCAGCAAAUCUCUGAAGUUUUAGAUAUUCCUCUUAUCAAGCAGCAAGCUGAAAAGGGAAUUCUUGACUUUUCCUAUUACGCCAGUUAUGUUAUUUCUAUAAUGGCCAGGAUGUGUGCGGAAGUUAGAGACGAGAAAAUCCAACAGCUCAGGGAGAUGACCGAUAUUGUCGAAGUUUAUAAAGGGAUCUUAGAGUUAUUAGAACUGAUGCAUUUGGAUAUGGCGAACUUUACCCUCCAAGUUAUUAAACCAGACAUUAUAAAUCACAGUGUGGAGUUGGAAAGGGAAAAGUUUUCAUCGUAUCUUGCUGUUCAAGCAGAUGGACUGCAACAUACUAGAAAAUGGUUACUGAAACAUCUCAAGACUGACGAAAGAGUGCCUAGUAAGGUGGACUAUGAGAAAUUUAUUAGAGACUGUUGCAAGAAAGUAUUUACUUCUGCGUGUAUAGAUUUACUGGACUGGGAUAGGAGCAAGCCUUAUCCUGAAACGUUUAUCUUAGACGAAGAUCGACUGUAUGAUCUCCAAGUGCGCACAUUCAGAUUAGUGGCGAUCGCCACCAUACUAUUGGUGACUUUAAGUAACGCCGGUGCAGAUCUCCAAACUAUUAGCUCAUUUAAGCAAUCACUGAAGGAGCACAUUUCGAUUCUUUUCCAGAACGUUAAAAAUAACCAAGAUUUGAAAGAUGCACUGCCGAACGUAGCUGAGCAGGUUCUUAGUGAUGUUAAGCAAGCACAGGAAAAAUACGAUAUUCAUGCUAUUGGACCGAACAAUGAGUCCGCGCUCAAGGAAUUGAUAAUCAAUAUAGGAAAUGAAGAACAUAAAGUACGAGGAAUAGUUAAACAAAGAAUAAAAGACUUCUACUUAGAUAUUAUUGAAUCGUCGACAGCAGCGCCCCAAAAAGUACCGACGGGCCUUACAGCGUUCCAAAGGGAACUAACCGAAAUUGCCGGUCAAUUUCUGAGAAUAGUUUCGCACAACAACACCGUAUUCUGCAUUUACUACUUCGACAUCGUUGCCGGUGCAUUACCGAAACCUACCUAAUUAAUUUUUUCAUAGCCACUCUAAUUUUAGUGGGUUCACAUUAUAACAUAAUUUUUAAGUAUAUUGUGGUAGAGAAUAUAUGAUUAACUUCUUGACGUGACUUAACACAUAACGCUAAAAGUCAAUAAUAACACUUUUUUACUAUAGUUCCACGGAAUAAAUUAAAUAUGAAGAUUGUAUUAAAAAACAUAGUAAUAUAUAAAGUUUUAUAACAAGUA